GCCAGGCCUGACCGCCGCCUCCCCGCUCUGCCCGCAGGUCGCCGGGCGCGCGGCCCUCGCCCCGCCGCCGCCUGCCCCGAGCCCCGGAGCGCGGUGGAGGAGCCCCCCGAGGAGCCGGGGGCCCGCGCCCGGCGCCCCCCAGACAUGGUGGGCCACCUGCAUCUGCAGGGCAUGGAGUACAGCCUCAAGGAGCAGAGCCGGGAGGGCUUGCUGGACAGCCCCGACUCCGGGCUGCCCCCCAGCCCCAGCCCCAGCCCGCCCUUCUACUCCCCGGCGCCUGGCAUCCCCGACGCCCGCGCGGGGGGCGCCGGCGCCUCCUCGGAGCCCCCCGGACCCAGCGAGACCAGAGCGCCUCUUUCUCUCCUUCAAUCCCCCCUGGCUCCUGAGAUGAGGCCCCGGAUGCUGCCAGUGUUCUUUGGGGAGAGCAUCAAGGUGAACCCAGAACCUACACAUGAAAUCCGCUGCAACUCUGAGGUCAAGUAUGCCUCAGAGAAGCACUUCCGGGACAAGGUCUUCUACGUGCCCGUGCCUACAGUCACAGCCUAUAGUGAGACGAUCGUGGCCGCGCCCAACUGUACGUGGCGCAGCUACCGCAGCCAGCUGACCCUGGAGCCGCGCCCGCGGGCCCUGCACUUCCGCAGCACAACCAUCAUCUUCCCCAAGCACACCAGGAACACCUUCCGGACCACCCUGCACUGCAGCCUGGGCCGGCCCAGCCGCUGGUUCACCUCCAGUGUGCAGCUGCAGCUGUGCCAGGACCCUGGCCCUGGCCUCCUGGGCCCAGCUGCACUCUAACGGGGCUGGGGCUGGCACCUGGGCUGUGGUCAGGCCAGGAGCCCCGGGGAGGACAGACUCGAUGGGCUUGGCCUAGAGCCUGGGCGGGUGGGAGGUGGGGAGGCCGCAGGGCCAGGGACCAGCGUGGAACAAGGAGGCUGCUCUUGGCUGCCCUCCCUGGCCCACAGGCUGGGCUGUCUGUGACCUUGUUCCAGUGCAGAAGACUCAGUAAAUGCAUCUAUUUUAUUAGCACUCAAACCGGCGAGGCAGGCUGGGCAUGCACCAUUCAGUGGUGGCCGCCUCAAAGGGGAGGGAGGGAAGAAUGAGCCUGUGGUGUGCCCUUAAAGCUGGAACAGCUCCAGUGCUGGAGGGACAGAGGAUCCCAGCCUUGCCUGGGGUGGGGGUACCUCAGCUCCUUGAGACCCCUGCCACUCCACGUGUCCAGGGCUGUGGCCGGCUCCAAGUCUGCGUGCGAGGGAAGAAGAAUCCUAUCCAGACAUACUCUGCUCCUGGAAAGGGGUGUCUCCAAAAUGGGCCUUUCAAAUGUGUGCAGCUGGCGGGGAGAGGCCCAGCAUCCAGAGUGCUGGAUGCAGCAAGUGCCGUGGCUGAGCCACCUCGGGUGCACACUGAGCCGGGAGGUUGGGCAAAGGCUGGAUUUGGAUGCCAGGCCUGAUGUUGGUUAUACUGGGGGUGGCAGGGGGGACCAUCUGGAAAGUACUUUGCACCAUAGCUGUCCAGUAUCCUGUGGCCUCCAGUGUGGAAGAUUCAGGACACAGCCCGUGGAGGUGGAGGCCUUUGGGCUCAGUGUCCAGAGCCUCACUGCAGGGUCCCCGGCUGAUACCUGUCCACACAACACCUUCAGGACUAGAACACUUGAACGUCAAAACCUUGGUGCCAGCUGCCAUGGGAGGCGUUGAAGCUCGGAAAUGUUGCUGUCACCUGCGUGAGGCCAAGUCUGGACUCAAACGGCCUCUGAGCUCAGGUGUGAGGCCAUGUCUGGACUCAAGGGGCUCUGAGCUCAGCUGUCUCCUUAAAGAGAGACCGUAGAGGCCAGGCUGCCCUCCCUCAGGACUCCGGUUCCUACAUGUGAUCAAUUCUACGACAACGUGUUAUUAUUCCUUAAUGCUGCAGGUUCACCUUGCAUAUGUGAUAUCAGGGGAGGAAGACAAGUGAGAUGGAGACAGGGCUCUGGGCUCCCUGGGACAAGCCAGGACGUGCUGGGUCUGGGGUGACCACAGCCUGAUGCUUCUAAUGGCUGCCUGAGCCGCUGCAUGAACACCCCCAAAGCCUCGCUGUGGCCAUGGAGAUGCCCCUUUGAGCCUUCCUCCCUCUCAGACCCAAGUGCACCCAGCCGUUGGGGGCUGCCCCUGCCACCCCCUUGGUAACCGCCAGGGAAAGGCUAUCUGGGCUUUUGCUCCCUCCAGGGAUAUGAAGACGGACUACCUGGAGCUCAUGUCCAGGAGACGCAGAAUGACUGAUCUAUUUUUGUAUAUCUACACAGAUAGUGCAUUUUCUCUCCAGAGAUGCUUUCUGAUCAACAAAGAAAUAACUUAAGAAUUGAUUAUCUUAAUAAACUGUGCAAGCCCAAAGGGACUUCCUUUUCUGUUUUAAGACCCUCAGGUCCCACUGCAGGGGGAAACUUGGUGUUCACAGGCCUAUGGUACUCUGUGGCCACCGCUUUUCUUCCUACCCAGAGCUGGCUUCCUAGGGGACAAGGAGGAACUUAACCCCCACCCUCACCCAAGAGCUAGCUAACAAAUGCAGAGGCUCAGGCCCCACCCAGGGACUUGGGCCUGGGGGGGUGGGUCCUUGGAGGGGCCUGGGAGUCUGCAUCCCGAUGCCAUGCAUGUGCAUCUUGCCCUCAGCACCAACAGACCCCCGCAGCCCACCUGGUCCCUGGAGAACAGUCCCAGGUCUGCAGAGCAGGCAGCCAGGAUGCACCUUGUGGCUGAUUUCUCCCCAUCUUGUCCUUGGAGGGGCCCGAGGGGGCCCGGGUUGUGAAUGCAUUAAAGGAGACACUGGGUGCCACAGGACAAUGUCCUUGAGUCAGAAAAUCAGACUGGAAUUAGCUCCGGGGCUCUGGAGUUGCUGGGGGCAGGGGACAAGGGGGUGCCUUUUGAUAUAGAAGCAUUUUGCUGGGGACAGACCCUCCAAGGGAGUGGUCACAGGAGUGCAAACCCUAGCCUGGCAGUGCACAAACUAACAACAGAGACAGCUGUGCUAGUGAGCUGAGGGCAUUCACUUUGCUGACUGACUAUGCUCAGGCACUGCAUUAAACAGUUCAUUUGAUUUCACUUACUUCAUCCCUACCCAUGGAGAUGGGUACUGCUCAAUCUCCAUUUUCUAGAGAAGUAAGGCACAGAGAGGUUAAGCAACUUGCCCAAAGUCACACAGCUAGUACAAGGCAGAGACUGGAUGUGAACCCAAGAUCUCUGGCAUUCCUGACCACUCAGCCAUCUGCCUUGACAGGGUGAGCCCUAACCAGGGAAAGGGGCAGUGAAAGCCAGGAGAGGCCAAGUCAAGAACAGUUUACAUUAACAUGAGGAUGAAUCUUGAGGCCUCUGCUGGCCUGUGUGGAUGAGCAGGACACAAACACAGCCUUAGCAGCCCCAGACCUCAGUCCUGCUUUAAUGAUGGGAUUCCACGCACGCACACCCUGGGGGUAUUCUUUGCACUCUCCUUAGGCCAUGCAGAGUCCACUCCACAAGCUUAACUUCUAUUCACAUCGUUGAUCUCGGACCACUUUGAAGGAAGAAUGGGUUGGACUUUCUGACAUGUAUAAUUGGGUGGCAAUGUAUCUAGUGACCCCGGAGAUGCCCCUGGGAACAGUGUGUGCUCUGGGGCCCCGGCUGGUUUGGCUGAGACUGUCAGAUCCGCACAGAGCCUGAGGCUCUCCCUGCCCAGUCCUGUUCCUCUCCCGUCUUUUAUGGGUGUCACCCCCAAUAAACCUUUUACCCUCCUA